GUCGACGGCGGCAGCGUACGAGAGGUCGAGCUACUCUUCCCUCAUGGCGUCCACCUUCGCCCGCACCAGCAUCGUCGUGCGAGGGAAGCGCUGAGCCGCGCUCCGUUUGCCCGCCACGCGGGGCUCCAUCGUGAAGAUCGCCAAGUUGCAGGUGUAUGAGCCUGUGGGGGAGUGCAUGUCGGAAAACGUUGUCACGCGCAUCCAGGCAGCAAACUCGUCAAUCGCCUUAUCUCCACACAGAACCACCACGGUCGUGCACUCGCGGCGCUUCGUCCACACGUGCACAAGACGACUACCGCCCCACAUCGAGCCCAGCCGGACGGUGAGCUGAUUAAGCUGCUCCAUCACCUGCUCGUGGGCGGCCUGCGUCAUGACUUCGUGGGGUGCUACGCGGUAGACGAAUAAAUGUGUAGCUUUGAUGUCUUUGAAGAUUGAGUAGAAGCACAUGUCAGUGAACGAUGCGGCCAAGUUCCUCUUGUCUGCACACAAACAACCAGCCAAACGACGCAUUGCCAUCUGUGCCGUCACGCCACUCGGCAUACAGGUGUCGUCUCACAUGUGAUCGGCGGGUCGGAUUCGUUGAGCUUGUCGGAGAGCAGGUCGGCCGGCAAGAUGCCGGGUGUCAGGAUUCCCUCCAGGGCCUCAGUGAAUCCCUGGCGGCUUCGCACGUUGAUGUGGUCGGCGACAAUAGACGGGAUCGACGAGCGGUCGGAACGGCCAAAGCGAGCGCUGAACAGCGACAGCUGCCGCAUUGCCUCAAAUCUCGACUUGAACAGCGCACUGCUGCCCACUUGACGCAGGUCAUGAGCCGUUAUCGUGAUGGGUAGACGUGGGAGGUAGUGGCACUUCCUCAGCAGGUGAACAAGCUCUACACACCGCUUCCAUGACCCUCCCUCUUCGACGACGUACAUCAUCCUCAGCAGAUAUUGCAUUCCGGUGAUUCUCUCGCGGUACCCCAGCAGCACCAGCAGCCCGCUCCACACAGGCCCAUGGAUGGCCUUCUCGAUUUCUCCCUCCUUGGUCUUGAACCGCCUUAUGAAGGCAAACUUGCCCAGCCAUCCCGACCAUUCGGCAAAAAGCAAGACGCCCCAGAUGAGGGCGAUUCCCGGUAGCCAAAUCGUGCAGACGCACACGGCGAACGUCCCCACGGCGGUUGAGAACAGGAUCCACGAAGUAAAUGGUUCUCCCCGCGGAAACAUGUGGCCGAGAAUCCAGCGGACCAUCAAGGCAGUAGGAACCAUCGGCAGAUACCAAGAGGCGACGAAGACCACCCAAUAUGCGACAAAUGCCCACAGAUCCCCAUCGAGCAGACCGAGUGGACCAAGAGUGGCGGUGCAGCACGCCUUCAGAUAAAGCAGCGUCGUCUUGUGCCGCUUCUUGACAGCCACCACGCUGUCCAGGCCCCUCUCGCGGAUGGAUCCGUCGAGGCGGUCGGUCAGAUAGUCCUCACUGAUGAACUCACAGCCAAUGCUCUUGGAGGUCGCUCGGAGGGUGCCGCAGCUGGCGGCCGGAAGGAAAGUUUUCAGCUCUGCGGCGACGUCCUCGGGCAAACCGACGAGAUCAUGGAAACCACUGUGGUCUCCACUCAUCGCGGAAGAAGGCAUGCGCACACUUCUCUUACUUCUCC